UUCUGGCUUCUGUUCUUCUAGGGGUGGCCGGAAAGGAUGUUCUCAUCAGUGAAGCCAUAUGAAAAUCAGCGGUACUCUGCUUUGAAGAAGGACUGUCAGAGGAGGAAAGUCCUGUUUGAAGAUCCGCUGUUUCCAGCCAAUGAUGAUUCACUCUUCUACAAGUCCCAGAUUCAGGGGAUCCAGUGGAAGCGACCCAAAGACAUCUGUGAGGACCCCCACCUCUUUGUGGACGGAAUCAGCUCCCACGACUUACACCAGGGGCAGGUGGGAAAUUGCUGGUUUGUGGCUGCGUGCUCCGCGCUGGCGUCCAGGGAGGCCUUGUGGCAGAAGGUUAUUCCAGAUUGGAAAGAGCAGGAAUGGUCCUCCGAAAAACCACAAAGCUAUGCCGGGAUUUUCCAUUUUCAGUUCUGGCGUUUCGGCCAGUGGAUCGACGUGGUGAUUGACGACCGCCUGCCAACUCUUCACAACCAACUCAUCUACUGCCACUCCAACUCCAAGAAUGAACUGUGGUGCGCCUUGGUGGAAAAAGCAUAUGCUAAACUCUCAGGAUGCUAUGAAGCCUUAGAUGGAGGCAACACGGCCGAUGCCUUGGUGGAUUUCACUGGUGGUGUCUCAGAACCCAUUGACCUGGUGGAAGGGGGCUACGCAAACGAUGAGGCCAAACGAAACCUCCUUUUUGAGAGGGUGCUGAAGGUGCAUAACCGAGGAGGUCUCAUCAGCUGCUCCAUCAAAGCUGUUUCAGCUGCUGAUAUGGAAGCCCGCCUGGACUGUGGCCUGGUCAAAGGCCACGCCUAUGCCGUCACCGAUGUGAGGAAAGUCCGCCUUGGCCACGGCUUGCUGGCAUACUUCAAGUCUGAAAAGCUGGACAUGAUCCGGUUGAGGAAUCCUUGGGGAGAGCGAGAAUGGAAUGGCCCAUGGAGUGACACCUCCGAGGAAUGGCAGAAAGUCAGCAGUGGUGAAAGAGAGAAACUAGGGAUGACCGUGGAGGACGAUGGGGAAUUUUGGAUGGCCUUUGAUGACUUCUGUAAAUACUUCACUGACAUCAUCAAAUGCCGCCUGAUCAACACCUCCUACCUGAGCAUCCAUAAGACGUGGGAAGAAGCGGUCUUGCGGGGGGCCUGGACACGGCAUGAAGACCCCUUGAAGAACCGCUGUGGAGGUUGCGUCAACAACCGGGAUACGUUCCUGCAGAACCCCCAGUAUGUUUUUGAUGUGAAGAAAGCAGAGGACGAAGUGCUGGUCUGCAUCCAGCAAAAACCCAAACGGACCAGCCAGAAGGAGGGGAAGGGGGAAAACUUAGCCAUAGGAUUUGACAUCUACAAGGUGGAACUCAACCGGAUUUACCGAAUGCAUACUUUGCAGACCAAAGUAGCCAGCUCUAUCUACAUCAAUUCUCGUAGUGUCUUCCUGAGGACAGACUUGAAAGAAGGUCGCUAUGUCAUCAUACCAACCACUUUUGAGCCUGGCCACCUGGCCGAGUUCCUGUUCAGGCAGUUCACAGACGUGCCUUCUGACUGCAAAGAACUGACCCUGGAUGAGCCCCCUCACACCUGUUGGAGUGGAAUAUGUGGUUAUCCUCAAUUGGUGUCCCAAGUCUAUGUCAUCUCAGCUUCUGGGCUGAAGAACCAGGGCUCUGAAGAAGGAGUGGAUCCCUAUGUGGUCAUAAAGUGUGAAGGAGAGAAAAUCCGAUCACCGGUCCUGAAGAACACUCUGACACCAGAAUUUGAUGUGAAAGGAAUUUUCUACCGUAAGAAGCUGGGGCAGCCAGUCAUAAUUCAGAUCUGGAACCAUAACCUUAUCACAGAUGAGUUUCUGGGCCAGGUUACCUUGGUUGGGGACCCCAACGAGCUCCAUCCAUUGCACAUUCUCCAUCUCCAAGACAAAGGAAACAAACGGGCCGCAGUACUGCCCGGGACUCUUAAGGUGCAGCUGUUGAGUAGCACCGUUCUAACUAGCAUCUAAGAGACACAAAGUGGUGGCCUUCUCUGCUCUGCACCAUCUUCCAUUAUGCAUCUCUGUAUGUGUCUCUGUGUACCUGCCAAUGUAUACAUACUAUGCAUGCCUUCACUUUUGAAAUGGGACCAGCCCUUUUAAGUUCAGUCUGGGUUGUUUUUCAGAUUUUGACACAAAGGUGCCUUUUUCAAGAAGCAAAAAUGUGUUUUCGUUUCCUUCUUUUCUGAAAACAAGACUGGGACGUAACCUAUAGCCAGAAUCAGAUGGCCAGCUGACCCAGAGAAACUCCCAAGCCGAUCCUGUUCCGCCUGGGCCAACACCAUGAGACUGUGCGUUGACACAGAGAGACACAUCUCUCCUCUGCUCACACGCGUGGCUGGGCGGUGACCUUUUCCCCAGCCCAGGCCGACCCGUUGCCAUGUUCACCAAAGGGCGCAGUCUUAACAGAUGCAUCGCUGGUGCUGUUGACAGCUUUGGGGACCAGGAUGGGAAAUGGAAGAUGGAUUCCCUCACCUGAUAGAAAUAGCUGCAGUAUUAUAGCUGUGUUGCAGUUUUGUGCCUCUGCAGGAAUUGCGUAGUAUCUAAGGUUACACAUGGAAAUCCCUACAGCUUGGCUUGCGUUCCAUUAACCAUUCCAGUCCUUAAUGGUGGGGCGGGGGGGGAAAUCUACUCCGCUUUGGCCCCUUUGAUUUCAACAGGAAUUGCUUCCAUGCUUCAACGCUAUCUUCCUGGGCUUUUAAAAUAAACUUUAAAAAAUGAACAAUGAAGAACAGUAUCUCAGGAGCUGAACCCCAUGCUCAGGACCCUAUAGAGUUACGAUUCAUCCACUUUUCCACUUGCCAUAAGGGGGAAAUAUAUUUAAAUAACAGUAUUGUAAUAAGGACCAUUUUUUUCAGAUCGUAUCUCUUCCCCAAAAGCAAAACAGGGGUUAUUGUUAAAUUCUCACCCUUUCUUAUGUGUCUCCGGUUGCAUAAUAGAAAAGUCAAGCGAUUUGACUUUUUGCAAUGUUUUUAAGGGUAUUUUUCAUAUAACCUUCCAGGUGCCACAGAACAUUUUUGAGUCGUUGAAGUGCCAUUGGCUUCCCUGUUUUUACUAUUCCAUAGAAAUUUUCCAUAUAAAAUAAUGGAAGAGUUUUAAAAAGCUAGCUGGAGUUGGUUUCCGGUCAUGGAACAGGCUUCGUUCAUGGCUUCGUUCGAGAGCGUCUCUUCUGUUUUCAGAAGUUCCCACAUUCAUUCCCAAGUAAUUUCUAAGCAACAGCUCCUGCUACGAAAAAGAUCUUUGGGAAUUUAAGUUGUACACUAAUGUUUCCAAACAAGUUUAUCUACUCUUGCUUACUAGCUAAGCCUCUUUUUCAAUGUCACUAGAUAUAUUCCCCAAAACUGGGAUGGUAGAAUCCAUCCUGCAGAAUUUCAUUUAAGCUGGGAAGAAGCACGCUUAAAUAGUUCAGUACAAAUAAUCCCCUGCGUGCGGACAGCUAAUCUGAACAAAGAGAAAAUUUCUGCUCUUCGUUCUGUUUUAGGUGUUACGUUUCCCACAUGCGGGGCGGGGGGUAUUUUCUCAUUAUUUUGGAGAGCCUUAAUGAGUGCAAUUUGAUCUGCUCCGUUCCAAAGUGACAGAAUGGAAGGAUUGCUGAAAAUGUGCCUCCCCCCAUAAAGGUGGGUAAAUGCGUGGAAACAAAUGCCAUAAACUUUACAAUGAAUGGGUGAUCACUUUAGCACAUAAUUUGUUCUCCAUAUGUCCAUUUUAUCCAAUACUCUAGGACAGUAUUUCUCAACCUUAGCAACUUUAAGAUGGGUGGACUUCAACUCCCAGA